GCUGAUAUCGAGUUCAUUGAACCGUUGAGGGGGUUAUGUUGUCUUUUGUGGCGCGCGAGUGUCAUUCAAGUUUGUUUACAAAAUUUCGGUGCUGUGUGUAUCCUCGCGAUGCAGUUUGUUGGCGGCGAACUGGAAAUGAUUAAUCGCCAUUUAUGAGCUACUCGACACAUAAUAUACGCUUCGUACAGUAACCCUUACGUGUGGACACACGUUGCGAGGGGGGAAACCUAAUCUAACCGGUACGCGGCGACGCGUCCACGGGCUGCUUCUCCGCUGUACACAAACAUCAAUGACAUCGGAACGCGCUUUGUGAGCGCUUCGCAAAUAUCGCAUUGGCCUGUGGUGGUCGCUCGAUAAUUCGCUACCGCUGGCAGGCGACUGUUUAGAUGGAUAAUGAGCGAGUCCGAUGACACGGAUGUUCUCCUCCUGAUCCCGCCCGAUAUAUUCCUCGUGCCGUCUUCCGAUUCCGACACCUGCUCGAACGAUCGCGCCGGAACGGAUUGCGGGCGGACCGGCGUUAUCUCGGAGCUGGUCGGGCAUAUGCAAUCGCUGGAGUCCCGGAUCACGGCGAUCGAGUCCAGAGACAGUAGCCUGGACAUUUCCGUGUCCAACAGUGCUUUGCUUAACGACUCGCAGCCGGCGUACGGCGGUGCGUCCCACCCUUGCCAACGGCAGACCCUACCCAGAACUAAGUUCUCCGUAAGUCAAGGCGCCAGCCUGCAAAACUCCCCCGUCAAGUCGCGCAAAUCUCUGUCCGUUCCUUCCACUCCCAAUGGAUACUCGUCGCAGAGCUGUACUAACUUCUUCCUGAAGGGAGACGCGAAGGCUGGGUGCCAUCUCACGACAGCUGCUACCUCUAAUACGACUAAUACUAACACUCUCACACGGGCCAAGCAUGACGCUCUAACUUCGUACUCUGACUCCUUCGUGGUGCCUCCUGCUUCCUGUGGUACUGGGCUCUCGCAUGCCACUGUUAUGUCCACGACGAAGGACCCUCACUUGUCUCUUCGUCCAAAUGAUCGUUGUACGAGUAACUUGCAUGAAUCCCACAACUCCUCGCAUUCAACAAUACCUGUGUCAAGUUCAUCUAAUGCAUUGAUAGGUCAGCUCCUGCAUACCCGUUCCAGAAUAGUGCAAGAGAUGGAACUGUCAGAGGUUGACGAGCUGCUCCAAGAAAUGGAAGCUACCGAAUUGGAAUUGUCUAAAAGAAUAAAUAACACUAGCGGAUAUCGCGGUGAGCUGCUUCAUCCAGCGUUGUCGACACAGACUGUUAGUAAUGCAAGUAGUCAAGAAAAGGAGGCGCAUCGUAAAUUAGAUUUUCAGUCGUGGGAGAAUAAAGAUACUCAACUCACUGACGCUUCGUCGAUCAUUUCUCAAAAGAAAACGAACAAUGCAUUCCCAGAUAUCACAUUGCCGUACAAUGAUUCAUUCCAUUUAAAUGAGACUGACAAAAUGAUUUCUGGUUUUAAGACGUGGGAACGAAACGUUCAGCAGCCUGUUGUAAAACCAAAUGGAUACACAAUAGAAAAUUUAAAAAAUAUAGAUCAUCCGUUUAACGUAUCGGCUACUACUGUCAAUGCUAAACCAAAAGAAUCGAUGUCAGAAUCGAACGUUCUAAUGACAGAUGAAACAAAUACAAGCAGUAUAUACACUGAAUCAAAAUCUUCCAUUGCAAAUACUAUGUCGCAUAUUAAUGAGCCAGCUAAGCUUUCUGGUAUGAUGCCAUCGAAAAUUGUACAAUAUAGUAAUACAGAACCUGUAGAUCUUUGUAAAAUAUCACAGCACAGUGAAAAUUUACACGAUAAAGAGAAAUCUGAUUUUAAUAAAACUACCGUGCACAUUGGAACAAAUACGGAUUUUCAUUUAAGAAAAUGUCAACGACUUUUAUCACUUUCGGAUUUCUGGGAUUCUAAUCCAACUAGAUCACACGAAGAAACGCUUAGGAUUAAGAUAGAAGAGGAGAAAUUUCGUAGAGAGCAUUGCGAGCAUCUAAUUCAAGAACUUCAGAAACGUUUGCUGGAGCAACAGGAAAAAGUGGCAGUAGCAGUUAGAGUUGACAAUGAAAAAAAUGUCUUGAUAUCGCAAUUCCAUACAUCUUGGUCUAAAUUAAAGCAACAAGUCGUAAUAUUGGAAGUUGAACAUAAAAAUUCGCAGACUAAUUUGCAGAGUAUCACAGAAAAGCAUCAAUCGGAGAUUCUAGAACUUCAAACGCAAGUGAAACGGCUAGAAGGAGAGUUAUCGAAAGCUUUAGACUUGGCAGCUGGAUAUAAGGAGAAGAGUGACAUUAUGAUUAAAGAGAAGGUUGAUCUGUUGAAAACUCAUGCAGAUGAAUUAGAUAGUUACAAAUCAUUGGUUCAAGAAGCAGAAAAUAGAUACGAGCAAAUGAAGACAGAAUUCAAUAAGCUGUUACAGAAAAAUCAACAGACUGAGGAGACAUUAAGAACUGUUCAAUCGGAAUUGAAUAAAGAACGUUUGAGGGGAGGUGAGGUGCGAAGUGAGAUGGGUGUCAUUCAUAAAGCACUAGAUGCUUGUGAAGCAGAGUUGACAGUGCUGAGACAAGAAAAAGAGAAUUUGCAGCUUAAGCUUAAAGAGGAGAUGAAUAGGAAUUCUAUUUUGGAACAGAAAAAUUUAUCGUUGCUCGUAUAUGUUGACGACGCGAAGAAAGCGGAAAAAUUAGCUAAAGAUGAAAUUAAGUCUAUCGCAGAACAAAAGGAAAAAAUCAGAGCUGAAUUACAAGAGGUUUAUCAGAAACAGGUUGAUGAAGUGGUAAAAGCAAAAUUGCAAGAAUUUCAAAUGCAACUUGAUAACGCCGAGUCGGAAUUUUUGGAGGAAUUGAAAACGAGGCAGCAAGUUAUAGCUGAGUGUGCUGCCAGGAAGAUAAAGGAUGUUAUCGAUAAAUACCGUUUAGAAAUAAACUUGCUGGAGGAAAAACACAAAGAGGAAAAACGAUUGUGCGAACUGCAAUUAGCUCAAGCUUUACAGAGGUCAUCUAUAUUAGAAACGCAUUUGAAUUCUCAGCGCGCAACAAAAUCUCAACUUGCGGAACAAUUGCAUUCCGUUAUGCAAAAACAGUGGCAACAGGCUCUGCAUAUUAUAUCAGGCAGUAACAUGGAUAUUUCCCCGAUUCAAAAAAUUCACGCAGACAAAUAUUUUGAGUCUAAAGGCCCUAAAAAGUCUGAAUCAAUGCCAAAUUGUUACACUAAACUUUCUCAGGAAUUAAUGAAACACGUCACUCAACCGUUAGAGGCACACAGUUUGAUCAAUGCACAACCUCGUGAAGAUCAAAACGAAAGCGUGACAACAAUGAAUUCCGUCGAAAAUUUGCCAUUAACCAGUAAAAAUGAAUCGAAGGAUGAUCUUCGAAAAUAUGUGAAAAUGAUUGCAGAAAUGCAGCUGGCAAGAGAAGACAAAGAUCCAAAACCCAGAAGUAGCAUUUCGAGUCCGCCAUUGGGAUGCAGAGAGGUACCGCGGAAACAUUACUUAAAAAAGGAAUUGAGUGAGGAUAGCGUCAUGUGGCCGCCAAGUGACGAGAUUAUACACGAUGUUAGUGAUCAUAUAUCUCUUCCGCAAAAAAUGCUUACAAAAAUAGAUCAGUCGAAGAACAAGCCUCCUUGGAAAUGACGUACAAUGUAUGAUGAUGACGUUACUGAAGGCGUAGAUGAGCUCGAUUACAGCAGUUUAACUCAGUACAGUGUACUUAAUUAGCAGUAAUAAGUUUUUUAUAUGGAACAAAUAUUAAUAUCUAUUUUUAUGUAAGAAGAUUGAAUAAAAAAGAUUUUUU